AUGGCGACGGAGCAGCCGCAGCGAAUUCCUUUGAGAGAGCGUAGACCCUCGACUUCGGCCCCGAUUGUAGACAUCGUCGGUUCUGUUGCUCCCAGUGGCAUCUCUCGGCCCAAACACAAGAGGACGUACACUGGUUUUGGCGCUGGCGAUCAAAAGAGUGUUGAGGCUUCGAUCCCUGAACCUCAGCGAGAGGCCUGGACCAAACAUCAGGUCAAAGGCUUCACCGACAAGGAUGGCUUUGAGAAAGAGGUUGUUCGCCAUGUCGAGACCACAUUGGCCCGUAGUCUGUACAACUGUGAUGAAGGGGCUGCAUAUUCAGCUGCUGCAUUAGCGUUCCGCGACCGCUUGAUCACUGCGUGGAACAAGACUCAGCAGCGUCAAACAUUGUCAGAUACCAAACGUGUCUACUACCUCAGUCUGGAAUUUUUGAUGGGACGUGCCAUGGACAAUGCCAUGCUCAACCUUGGACUGAAAGAUGUAGCAAAGGACGGUUUGAAGGACCUUGGCUUCCGCAUCGAGGAUAUUAUCGGACAAGAGCACGACGCUGCUUUGGGUAACGGUGGUCUUGGUCGACUUGCCGCUUGCUUCCUUGACAGCUUGGCAUCCCUCAAUUAUCCCGCCUGGGGCUAUGGGCUGAGAUACCGAUAUGGCAUCUUCAAGCAAGAGAUUAUCAACGGCUAUCAGGUCGAGGUCCCAGAUUACUGGCUUGACUUUAAUCCUUGGGAGUUCCCUCGCCACGAUGUUACUGUUGAUAUCCAAUUCUAUGGACAAGUUCGCAAGUCGCAAGACGAGAACGGCAAGCCUGUGGCUCACUGGGAGGGCGGAGAGAUUGUCACCGCUGUGGCCUAUGACGUGCCGAUUCCAGGUUACGCCACACCGUCCACCAACAACCUUCGUCUGUGGUCUAGCAAAGCCUCGAGCGGCGAAUUUGAUUUCCAAAAGUUCAACAGUGGAGAGUACGAGAGCUCAGUCGCCGAUCAGCAAAGAGCCGAGACCAUCAGUGCAGUUCUCUACCCCAACGACAACCUGGAGAGGGGUAAGGAGCUGCGUCUCAAGCAGCAAUACUUCUGGGUAGCGGCAUCUUUGCAUGAUAUCGUCCGAAGAUUCAAGAAGUCAAAGCGUUCUUGGGGCGAGUUCCCUGACCAAGUGGCUAUUCAGCUCAACGAUACUCAUCCGACGCUUGCCAUUGUUGAGUUACAAAGAAUUCUAGUGGACCAAGAGCAUCUCGAGUGGGAUGAAGCUUGGAAGAUUGUUACAUCAACUUUCGGCUAUACAAACCACACCGUUCUUCCAGAAGCACUCGAGAAGUGGUCUGUCGGGUUGUUCCAGCACUUACUGCCCCGCCACUUACAAAUCAUCUACGAUAUCAACCUCUUUUUCUUGCAACAAGUUGAGAAGAGCUUCCCUAAUGACCGCGGAAUCCUCAGCCGGGUAUCCAUUAUCGAAGAGUCUCAGACCAAGAUGGUCCGCAUGGCGUUCUUGGCCAUUGUUGGAUCCCACAAGGUCAAUGGUGUUGCCGAGCUCCAUUCCGACCUUAUUCAAACCACCAUCUUCAAAGACUUCGUAGCUAUUUUUGGGGCUGACAAGUUUACAAAUGUGACGAACGGUAUCACGCCGCGUCGAUGGCUACACCAGGCAAACCCUCGAUUGUCUGAAUUGAUCGCAAGCAAGACCGGAGGUCAUGAGUUCUUGAAGGAUCUAACAUUGCUGAACAAGAUCGAGCAAUACGCAGAUGACAAGGCGUUCAGGAAGGAAUGGGCAGAAAUCAAGUACGCCAACAAAGUACGACUGGCACGAUACAUCAAGGAUACUCUUGACGUCACGGUGAACCCGGCUGCUCUUUUUGAUGUUCAAGUCAAACGAAUUCAUGAGUACAAGCGCCAGCAGCUGAAUAUUUUCGGUGUCAUUCACCGAUACUUGGCGUUGAAGGCCCUGAGUCCCGAAGAGAGGAAGAAGCAGCUGCCGCGUGUUUCCAUCUUUGGCGGGAAAGCGGCUCCCGGUUACUGGAUGGCUAAGCAAAUCAUCCACUUGAUCAACAAUGUCGGUGCUGUUAUCAACAACGACCCUGAAAUUGGUGACCUGCUUAAGGUCAUCUUCCUGGAAGACUACAAUGUCAGCAAGGCCGAGAUGAUCGUUCCAGCCAAUGAUAUUAGCGAGCAUAUCUCAACUGCUGGUACUGAGGCGUCAGGUACCAGUAACAUGAAGUUUGUACUGAACGGUGGCUUGAUUAUUGGUACUUGUGAUGGUGCAAAUAUUGAGAUUACUCGUGAGAUCGGCCAAGAAAACAUCUUCCUCUUCGGCACGCUUUCGGAAGAUGUCGAGGAUCUGCGACAUUCGCAUACAUAUGGCGCGCACCAUGUCGACUCCAAUCUUAAUAAGGUGUUCGAAGCAAUUCAAAGCGGCAAAUUCGGCGAGCCUAACGAUUUUGGCGCAAUGAUUGCCGCCGUCCGCGAUCAUGGCGACUACUACUUGGUAUCUGACGACUUUGAGAGCUACAUUGACACACAGAAGAUCAUCGACAACGAAUACCGAAACCAGGAUGAGUGGGUCACCAAAUGUAUCCGCAGCGUGUCUAGGAUGGGCUUCUUCAGCUCUGAUCGAUGCAUCAACGAAUAUGCUGAAGGCAUCUGGAAUAUCGAGCCCUUGGUUGUCAAGAACUAA